UUUGUGUUACUUGAAUUUGAAAACAAACUUAUCUCAAGUCGGCUGACACGAUCGUUGUAAAAGUACUGAAGUUAUUGACUCCAAUAUUCACGUAUAUGUAAAAUACUGUCUGUCUUUAUCGUAUUAACAAUUUUGCAACAGUAUCGACUGAAUUUAAUAUGUAUGAAAAAAAGAAAUGGUUAAAAUUGACGUGUGUUUCGCGCAUAAGCAAAAGUUGAAGUCUCUAAGAAAUCACAGCUGACUUGAAAAGUAUAUUUAUCUUUAAAUUAAACGGUAACGUAAAAAUUAAUAAACGUUUCGGCCAUGUCAAAAUUUGAUAUUUACUAAAUAUGAACAAGUUCUAGAUGCGUAAAAGCGUAGAAAAAUUUGCGCGGCAUCGGCAGUUUUCAGUUCCAGACUUUCCUACAUUUUAAACUGGAAUACCCCUUUAAAUGUGGAGAUCGAUUUUUUGUUCUUUUCGGUUUCUAGUUCAGAAGGUCAUCGUGUUUCUUGGAUGGUGAGUCAUUCGUAGGUCGGAUGUCCACACCUUGGCGUCCGAGGCGGGUAACAUUUUCGACGAUCACGGUCACGAUCGAUCGGGAGAGAGAGAGAGAGAGAGAGGCGCGGGCUGUCCGAUUCGCGAAAAUGAGUUCCGUGCGGCUGCGUUUCUGGAGUAGGAUUAAAGUGUCCAGCUAAGACGGGUCUAGUUAUAAGUUCUGCUCUAAUUUGAGGUUUAUUUUUACCCCGCUGCCAGCGCAAGUUAGAGCACAACACAGACGCCGUGGUGGAUUCAGUUCGCGCGUGAUUUACAGAGAAUCCGGACGGUGACGGCGGCGGUUUUAUCACUGCCGAUAACGAACGGUGGAUAUUUUUGCAACAAUCUUUUCGUCUGUUUACAUCCUCGAGCCGCCGUCUGUCGCUUCUGCUGUCCGUCACAUAUCUCUCGCGUAUCUCCUCGCCACUUCCUCUCGUUGGCAAAAUCAUAUUUCCAGAUCCAAUUGCCAUUGGCAAAAAUGCGAGAUGGCUCAGAAAUCACUACUGCGAGACGCUAUUCGUAAAAAAAUCAUUAAAAAAAAAUCGUCUAGUACUGUAAACUAUUGUUUAUUUAAAUUUAUUUUAACCGGAAGUAAUGUUGAUUCGAAUAUCAAGAGUUCUAAUCAUAAUUUCUGUAAUUUUUUUUCUUGCAUAGGUACUUCAAUGUGUCUUGCGUGUAAAAUGCACAAUGAAGCCUAACAAGUUAACUGUCGCGUUUACGAAUUUAUUUUCAAAGUGGUGAUCUCUUGGCCAGCCUGCAACAACGUUGUAACAUCUCGCGUCUCGUUCCGUUCGUUUCCUCACGUAGAGAAAGUGCCACGUGAGAUUCUUGAAAACGCAUAAAAAUGGCGGAUGUGAUGAGGCCUGUCUCGCCGAUUUCACCGGUACGCCUGGCGACAAUUCAGCGUCACGCACGAUGGGAGCAAUACGUGAAUGCUCUGCUGGCGGACCUGCAGAACACCGUGUCGUCGGAGGGAAGUCAUGUCGUCGGAGGUAACCCGACGCCCGGUUACGGAUCGCUGAAUGGCGCCCGCAUCCAUACGACCGGAUAUAGGUCUUACGACAAUCGAACGUCACCACUGCCACCGCAAUCGCCGACUUAUCAGAACCGCGAGGCGAUAGAGGAAACCAUGGGUAAAACCGGAGGCGCGUCUUACACCCAGGCCAGCACCGGGAGCAAGAUGCCCUCUCUCAAUAACAAUCUUUCCGAGCUGGACACCCUCCUGCAAGACCUGAGCAACGCGCGCUAUAACGCCCACUAUCAAGAAAGAGACGGCCGCGCGUCCACGGGAGUGAACGGGGGUGCGACCAGCCCCAUGCUCCGUUCUUCAAGUAGCAUGUCAGCCUCUCGACCCACCGUCGACUCGUUGCUCGAGGAGCUAAGCACCGCAGUGCCUAACGGAGACUACCCCCCCGCCGACGGAAAGGUGAGGGUCACCAUACAAGAGACAUCCACGGAGAUACAGCCGGUCUACGACGGCUAUCCCUCCAGUCAGCACGGCUCGCUGAAUCGAACCGAGGUUCACAGGAGUUACCCUAACGGUCAUACCGCGAGUAACGCUACCAAGGAGCUGGACGACCUAAUGGCUUCGCUUUCCGAAUUUAAGAUUAAUAGCGGCACUCAUCAGCAUCAGACGGUGACCGACUCGCCGUACGCGAAGCCCAACAAGGCCACCAAGAGCUCGCAAAGCCCUUUGCCCAGCGAGGGCACGCAGACUCGCGUCCACAUCACCGAGACCCACACGACUCAUCUCUAUCAUCCGGGAGAGAGCCAACCUCUCAAGCAGAAUCAGUUGGAUUCUAUGCUCGGCAAUCUCCAGGCCGACAUGAGCCGCCAAGGUGUCAACACGACCCAGAAGGGAUGCUGCAACGCCUGCGAGAAGCCGAUCGUUGGCCAGGUGAUAACGGCUUUGGGCAAGACGUGGCAUCCGGAACACUUCACAUGCACCCACUGCAAUCAGGAGUUGGGCACGCGAAACUUCUUCGAGAGGGAGGGUCACCCUUACUGCGAGACGGACUAUCAUAACUUGUUCUCGCCUCGUUGCGCUUACUGCAACGGACCCAUUCUCGACAAAUGCGUGACCGCUCUGGAGAAAACUUGGCACACCGAGCACUUCUUCUGCGCCCAAUGCGGCAAGCAGUUCGGCGAGGAAGGCUUCCACGAGCGGGACGGUAAGCCCUACUGUCGCGAGGACUACUUCGAUAUGUUCGCGCCCAAGUGCGGCGGCUGCAAUCGCGCUAUCAUGGAAAAUUAUAUAUCCGCUCUUAACAGUCAAUGGCAUCCGGAUUGCUUCGUCUGCAGGGAUUGCAGGCAGAAGUUUCAGGGCGGCUCCUUCUUCGACCAUGAGGGAUUACCGUAUUGCGAGACACACUAUCACGCCAAGAGAGGAUCCUUGUGUGCAGGAUGUCAUAAGCCCAUUACCGGUCGCUGCAUAACAGCAAUGUUCCGCAAAUUCCAUCCCGAGCACUUCGUGUGCGCGUUUUGCUUAAAACAAUUGAACAAGGGCACGUUCAAAGAGCAAAAUGACAAACCUUACUGCCACGGUUGCUUCGAGAAGCUCUUCGGAUAAAUAAUUCGUUCCUUUCGGAACUACUUUUUUUGUAACAUAACAAAACGAGAGGCUGUUUCUCUCGGCAAUGUUUUAUUACUCUUGACGAAGUACGUAUAAACACUUGCUUUGAUUGUCUAUGUAAAAGCGCGAAACGAGAACUUACAUUGCCUAAAGUAGCCUUUUAGAAUUUCCAUUUUUUUAAUAAAUAUUGACUAACGGAUGGUGCAUGCAAAAGGAAUAUCGUGAGUAGAGUUUACAGAUUUAAAAAAUUAAAGAAUCUAUUAUUCCGUUCUGAUCGCCAUUUUGUAUGAAAUCGAGAUAUUUUAGUUUUUUUCCUUUAAGAAUAAAAUAAAAUUAUAAAGUUGUUAUAUCUGAACAUAAGUUCCCGUUCUUUGAUUAAUACCGGGUGAAUUUCAAUAGAAACUUAAUCUACAAAUGUGAAAAUAUUUAAUUCUAAAAUUAAAAGUCACGAUAGACUUUCUCUUGCCUAUCAAAUUUUCAUUGAAAAAAAUUCAAAUUUAUUUAAGAAUCAAUUAAUAAAUUCGACACUCUAAAUAGUUUAAAUCUUCGUGCAACAUUUUAUAAGUUAUUUAAUUUUGCGCGGUAAGUUACACGUGUUUCUCAAACUGAUUAGUUUGAGUUUGCAAUGUCAUUUAAGAAGUAAUGAAAAAGGUGCUAUACAGUAAUUCAUUGUUAUUAUUUGUAUCAAUAAUAUUUAGUAAUACUUGUACAACAGCA